AUGGAUCCAGAGGAAUGCGAACUUCUUAUUUUUGAAAACGUGCGUAGAUUUUAUGCAAGUUUAGAUCUCAAUGUGGAUGAAGGCAUUCCUAUUUUAUUGGUGGAUAGAGAUGAGAUGAUCAAAUUUAAAGACGAAAAGACAGAGACAAUACCUACGGGCGUGGCCAUAUUCAACUAUUGCACGCCUAUCAUGACGAUUAAUAGAUGUACAAAAUACGAGGACAGAAUUAAAGUCGAGAAGAAAGCCAACAAAGUUGUUAAGCGGCAACUUUUAGCAGCAUUAUUUUGCUGCGGCCAAAGAGAGAUGAUUAGACUUCUACUUCAAUUCGGAUGGCCCGAUGUGCUUAUGGGCAUGACAUUGGCACAUGAGAUGAUGCAUGCAUGGUUAAGCUUUCAAGGUCUAAUUGUUGGUUUUGCACUGGAAAGAUGGGUAGAAGAAGUUCUUUUUGUAGGUCUAAUUGGUGGUAGGAAACCGGAAAGAUUGGUAGAAGAAGGUAUUUGCGAAGUAAUGUCACACAUGUAUGGGAAAUGGUUUUGUUCUAGAGGUUUUAAGUACCCCUCAUACAAUAUAACCGAUGAGCAGCUUCAGUUUACAAAAGAUUUGAAUAAAUAUUAUGCAAAUCAUAAUAAAACCGAUGCAGAUGAAGCUUAUCGCGAAGGAUUUAAGCAGGCUAUGCAUGCUGUGAAAGAAAAUGGCUUAAAAAAGACACUGGAUUGCAUCGUUAAAAAAGGACGUUUGGCUCCUAAGAUGGAAGAAGGUGAAGAUAAUUGCGAAGAUGCAAAAAGAAGUCUCCCACCGCACAAAAAUGACGUGGCACCACCACAAGGGAUACAGUGGGUUAUAGUCCAGUGA